ACGGGCCGAUGGUGAGAGGUGGCGUCGCCAUCUUGCCGCGGAGGGUCUGUGAGGGAAUUGUCGAGUCGGUUGAGCGCCUGUCGGGACUGUAGUCUCUUGCGGCCCGGCGUUCUCUUACCUGUGCCGCCCCGGCCCCACUAUGCCACAGUACCAGACCUGGGAGGAAUUCAGCCGCGCGGCCGAGAAGCUCUACCUCGCCGAUCCCAUGAAGGCACGUGUGGUUCUCAAAUAUAGGCACUCAGAUGGGAAUCUGUGUAUCAAAGUAACAGAUGAUUUAGUUUGUCUGGUAUACAGGACAGACCAGGCCCAAGAUGUAAAAAAGAUUGAGAAAUUCCAUAGUCAGCUAAUGCGACUUAUGGUAGCUAAGGAAUCCCGAAGUGCUGCCAUGGAAACGGAUUGAAUGGUUUGAAGUGAAAGCUCUGGUGGUCACGUUUUUCAGGAAGAAAAUAUCACUUGAAUUCAAGAAAAUGCUGGGACAGAAGAGGCUUUAUAUAACUCAGUGGGCCCUUAAAAAGCCUGGGAGCAUUUUUUCCUAUGUAGCUUAAAAAAAAUUCUAACUUCAGAUAGCUAUAAAUAUAUAUGCUUUCAGUUGAAAGCUUCUAUUUAUUUUUGAAAUUUAAAACAAGCUGAAAAGUUUUUACAGGUUAUUUGAUGUUGGGCAAAAUUUGUAAAUAUUAUCUCUUGUAAAUUUGUAACACUAAUUUGAAAAGGAGAGAUCAGCCACCUUUAUUCUGUGAAAUGCAUCUGGCCUUUAAAGAAAACUAAAUAUUGUUUGUUUGGUUUGCUUUUCAUCUUUAACUUAGAAUUGUAAGGUCUUUUUUAUUGAAUGUAUUUCUCUACAUGUAUAAUUUUGUCUGACAACACACAUUUAUGACCAAUAAACAUAAGAUAUAUUAACAAAUUAAUUUUGCGCUAUAAUGAAGGUUAUUAUUUGUAGAAACGUUGCAUAUAUCCUUUGAAGCCAUACUUAAAAUAUGGGUGUGCUUUCCAGAUUUAGACUUUUUAAUCCUAAAAGAUUCCAUUAUCUCAUUGAACUACAAUUCAAGAUAAGAGCAUAACUUUUGAGUUCAGUUGUCUGAUCAGAAACUUUUUUCAUAAACGAAUAUGAGUGACCAGUAUCCACCAAAGGACUGAAAAUUGUUAUUACAGAAGCCUCUGAUAUACUUGCUUCACUUGUAGAAAGCUUCUUGAAGGGCUGAGGACAAAUUGAACAGUAUAUCAUAUCUAAGUAUAAUCUCUUUGUACGCUUUUUUCUGCUUUUGCUAACUCCUUAGAAGUAAAGGAGGUGUGAAAAAUAAUGUCAUAGCUGGUGUAAUUAACUGUUGUGAUGGCUAAUGAAGUACAAAUAGAUCACUAAGGAUUGAUAAUUUUUGUGUUUGUAACCUCUCUUGUUGCUACCUGUCCAAGGUUGCCCAGCCAAGACUGUGUCAGAGGCAGGGUUUGAAACCAGUGUUCUGACUCCCAAGUCAUUUCCCUACUUUAUACACCAUUUAAGGUCUCAGUGCCCUCUGAUAUCUCUCUGAGACUGUUACUGAGUAGGCGCUGAUAUGUGUAGAGGAGGGAGCUCCCUCUGCCAUUAAAAUAAUAGGUGUAUUCUCUACCCCUCCUAGAAAAGCCAGAAACAAAAAAGCCUCCAAACCUCAAUUUUUAAAUAAUUGCCCAGCAUCAGAAUGAAGGUUCAACUUUAAAGACAUCACAUUAAGAUGUUUUUGUUAGACAUUUAAUUUGGCUGUUGUUUCAACAUUGUAAAGUGCCAUUAGCCAUUUGAGUUUUGUCAUGUUUCAAAACUGUCUGCAAAAAUAAAAAAUUAAGAAAAAGGCAA